AGCGCAGACGAGACAUUUUGAAAGAUGUUCUUUUCUUUACUAAUCGAAACCCUUUGUAGAAAUUGUCUAAUCAGAGACAAGAAAUAUCAGCUCCUGCGGGCUUUUGAGCUGUAGCCGAAGUUCGGGAACACAUUGUGAAACGGAAGCACGUUUCACAGUGUAGCACGGAUUGGAGCACGAUGAGCCAAUCGGGCUUGCAAUCGGGAUUGGACGCUAUUCUGAUUCUGGUCUAAUCCGGCAAUCUCUAACUCUUUGCCAGUGUAUAUCUCUUUGCGUUAUUUUGUGGGUCAAAAACUCGCAUAGGAAAGUUGUAUGUCAAUGUUAAUCUUUUGAUUCAUUGCUGAUAUAAGUUUCGUCAUGCCUAAAGCCAGUUCCAAGACGAAGAGACCGAUAUCUGAUUCGGACACGUCCGACUCGGGGCCUGAUGACGCUGGACCUGUGAAGAAGUCACGCCCCUCUGCCAAGGCCGAGGCGAAGGGAGACAGCGGCGGUGGCGCUACCUCCUGUGAGGUGGUGAAUGGCGAACCCACAUGGACCAUCGCUCCAAAGCGCUUUGUUAAGAUCCGCAAAUUCAAGGGCAAGACAUAUGUGGACAUUCGUGAAUAUUGGAACGAUGACAAGGGUGACCUGAAGCCUGGCAAGAAGGGUAUCAGCAUGUCCAUGGAACAGUGGGACAUGUUCACCCAGAUUAUCCCAGAGAUCAGCAAGCGGCUCUGAUGGGGGCUGCCGGUGGGGUGGCCGCCGCCGGCAUCAGUCGGACCCGGCGCCCUCCGAUGACCCGGCGCGACCAGCCGGCGUCACUCCUCAUACCGCCGGGCGCCGCCCUGCCAUUCUGUGAUGUAUUGCAUUGUUUCGCUGCUUUGCCAUGAUAAUACACGUUGUCAUUGUCAUAAA